AAUUUGUUAUUACGUCAGACUCCGGAGAAAAUUGCAUGGCAAGCAAAUAAACUGCGAAGGAUCUAUUCACAGGCGUUGCUCCCACACCGGUGUACGACUGCUCACUCCUCCGCGAUCAAUGCUAUAAAUUAAACUAAAUAUAUGCUGCUAAGAGCAUGCGGUAAAUCAGCUUCUUUUUUUCAUUAUCCGGCUUGGGAUAACCUGACAGUGAUCUUCACAUGGCAGCUCAUUUGUGGACAAGAUAGGUUGCAAGAAAGGACAGGCAAGUUCAGAAUAAAUACAAAUAUCAGCCUCUUUCUGUCAUAGUCAUUGCAAUGACAUGAUGAAGCAUCUACAAAUUUAUGUAAACAUUUUAUCUUCACUUUUGACUAGUUUCUUGCUCUUUUGAAAACAACAUGCCUCAAACUCGAAAUAGAAACUCAAGUCCAAUCCCAGAGGUACCGUGGGAUACGGGUUUGAAAGAAAUGGACGAAACCUGGAAAGGAGAUGCGUGUUUGGGAGUAGCUGCCUUCUUUGUUAUGACCAUUGGGAUCAUCUAUUGGCAAGUUGUUGAUCAACCCAACAAGAACUGGAUCCUGAAGGGCAGUUUUAGUGGACUGGUUUGGGAGCGAAGGACGCACUCUCUGGUCAUACAGACAGUCGCAGAAGACAAGACGUUCGUGGAAAUUGACGUAGGGAAUAUUGGGAGUCCUGAUACAGAGGUUCCGUUCGUGCGAAACUUGUGUUGGCUCAAUAAAACCGAAUUCUGCUAUACAUGGGACUCAUUUGCGGAGGUGAAGAUCUCGCUGGAAACGUCUGACGAAUCAGAGACAGAAUGCUAUAGUAUGACCUGGACCCCAGUUCAUUGUAAUUUAAAACUGAAGGAUUGCUUCUCUAUGGUCAACGUGUCAUGGUAUGGUGGGGCCAGUGUCCAUGCACCAAACUGGCCAAUAAAUGAUCUGGAUGUUUCCAUGCAGUCCUUUACCAUCAGUGACCUGCGGGACAACCCCUCAGGCUUUGGAUCAGUACUAGAACGUUACUUUCUUGGCUCAUCAGGUGUGGCAGUAGUUGUUGACCCACAUAUCCCAUUGCAUGUUGGGGUGGAGAAGAAGAAGCAGUUCUGUCUUCAGACAGGACCCAACAUGCAGCGAAUGCCUCUGCAAUACACUGUCUGCGUUGGACAAAAUAUCAAAGCCAUCCACCAAGACUCAAUACAACAGCUGUCUGUACCUGCUCGAGAACUGCCCAACAUGAAUGUCUUACGAUUGCCUUUCUGGAAGCUUAUGACAAAUGUGAACUCAGGCGCAAAGGUUGAGAGGGAGCUGAGAACCUUCUCUAACCAGCUGAAAAGCCACCAUCUGGAGGAGGGGGUCAUCAGCCUUGAUGAACAUUCCACAUCUCUCCUCUCAAAUGUGGACCACGACUACCUCAGUGGCAGGAAAAGGUCUUCUAAGAGAGAGACUAGGGACCUCCCGUUUGUGAAGCAUCUGAACAUUUCCGUAACCCUGUCCCCAUAUUUGAGUGUGGACUCACAGCAGUUUCAGUCCUCCAUGCAAGAUGGAAUGCAGCAUUACUGGCUCAGUCUGCGCUCUGGCCCACAUGCCCAUCUGAUACCUCUUUUAACUCACUGGAGAGGAAAGUACUGUGUUAAGUUGAACAUCACCAACCCAGAGGCCAUGAAUUGGUUCUUAGACAAGGUGGAUAUCCUGCACAAUCACCUGGGCAUGGAAUACAUCUUCCUGGAAGGGGGAGAAGGGGACUCCUUUGAGGAGCAGGCCCUGUGGCCCUCUCCUGCUCUGAAAGGAGACGUGUACAUUGGACUACUGGCAGGACUUGCUGAGAGGAUUGGGGACAAUGCCAUUAUGAGUGUAGGGACAAGGUCCAGCCAUAAACCUUUGUUCAUCCAUAUGAGUGCACUGCAGCCUGAUUGGAGCUAUGCUGGCCUCAAGGGCAUCAUUCCAUCCUUGCUGCAUCACAGCCUACUGGGCUAUAAUUUCUUCAUUCCUGAUGCAGUAGGAGGCUCUCUCUCCACUGACCUAAUCAGGGACAAGGAGCUUUUUAUUCGUUGGCUCCAGAUUGUGGCCUUUCUACCUGUCCUCAAUUUUCAGACACCACCAUGGGCAUCUGGAGAAGAUGAGGUCAUGAACCUCACCAGAUUCUACAUAGAUAAGCACCAGAACUUUGUGGUGCCUCUGAUAGAGAAAUAUGCAAAGGAGUGGCAGACCAGCGGAGACCCCAUCUACCGCCCUCUGUGGUGGAUCAGUCCUGAUGACCCGGCCACAUUCACCAUUAAUGAUGAGUUUCUCAUCGGAGAUGAGGUACUUGUUGCACCAGUGACAGAAAAGGGAGUUUUGCAGAGAGAUAUUUACCUGCCAAAGAGUGACUUUCCAUGGCAGAACACAAACAAUGCUGAAGUAUUUGAUGGAGGAAUGCUCCUUGCUAGUUACCCUGUUGGUCUCAGAGAGGUGCCUGUGUUUGUACAAAAGCCCUGAUGCAAAGCUUGCUAUCACAAAGCUGAUUUUUCUAAUUUAAUUUUCUUUUCUUUUUUUCUUAUGUGCCAAUCUCGAGUUGCACUUUCCACACAGACUAUUUCUGUUUUAAGACAAACUCUUGAGGUUUAGGUACAGGGUCUUGUUCUGCUUAUGCACUUUAUAAAUGAAAAAUGAUGUUAAAUUAUAAAUAUUUUCUUUUUAUUUUAAUCCACCUGGUUUCAUCUCUCUCUGCUGCUUAUUUAUUUGUGCAAUUUCCAUAUUUUUAUUUACAAUUUGUUUUCUUAGAGCUGUGGUUUACACUUGAUAAAUUCUUACAGCCUUAAAUGUUAAAUGUUUCCUCCUCUCAUUAAAUGGAGUAAAACAUCAAGCUCUUCAUUUGUUUAAGAACAAUGAAUUUUCAAAAGAAGACCAAACAAUUAGUGACAAUAGACCUUCUGCUAAGGAAAAAGCUGUACACUGACAUUAAGCAGAGCAGAAAUAUUUAUGAAACAUUUCCCCUAAGUGUCUGAGCAGGCUUUUCACUUUGUUUAUUAUUUUCCGAUUUUUCCUGGUCAGUUUGUUAAGUGACACAACACAAAGAUGCCACUUCAUUUCUUUAAAAAAUGAAACAUAUGAAAGUGAAUAAUCAAAAAAUCUUUAGUGCAGGAUCUGAACCACUGUCAGUGUCAGUAGGGUAAAAGGUGAGCACUUUCCAUGCUAUGAGAUGGUCCAUCUUCAGUAUCAUCAACACUUUACAGUCUUACAAAUGUAAUUUUUGGUUGUUGUUUUUUCAGAUGCCUUUUAUGUCAUGAUGAUUGUGCUGUUCACUUGUUCAGGAUUGUUUCAUUAUGCAUCCAAAAAGUUGCAACUCUAGUGAUCCAAUAUUAUUUUUAACAUUUAAAUUUAGUAAUCUGCACUAUAUCAUAUUAAUAGAUAAAAUUAACAGACAACUUUACUGAUAUUGAUUCGUCUUUAGGUACUGCACAUCUAUGUUCAUUAAUAUAAAACUAUUUUAUGAAUUGAGUAACUUAAUCUGAUGGAUUUAGAUGUAUGUAAUAGGAGUUUCAAAUAAGAAAUGUAAUCAAACUGUGGGUUUUUUUUAAAUUCGGAGCUAAGUCUAAGUUAUUGAUCCACCAGUUAUAGAAGUGAACACAGAAAUAAAAGAAUUUCUGUAGUGCCAUAUGUCAGAUGUACAUUUAGGGUAUGCUUCAAUACUUAUUGUCUUCAAACUUCUGCACACUUGAUUCAUUUGCACACAGAUUUUUCGAAGGGAUUUGAAGGAGCCCUUAAUUUGAUCGCUGGUCCUUAAGUCAGAAACCAGAAUCACCCAAUGUUUCAGUGCUGAGAGAGAGCUUGACCAGUGUGACUGGUACAAGUAGCCUUCUGGGAAUCUCUUCUUAAUCCAGAGUGAGAUUAUCAAUGUUUACUGUAACUGCAUGUCUCUCAGGUCAAAGGUAGCAAAUUCAUUAAACAAAGUCUUAGUGAGGUCCCAUUUGGAACAUGAUUAAAUGUCUUAAUCUUUUUUUUAUGUGAGCACAUAGAUUUCAAACAAAUCAAACUGUGAUGUCUUUAUUUAGAUCUGUAUUUAAACAGCCUUUCUUUUUCUCUCUCUCUCUCUCUCUCUCUCUCUCUCUCUCUCUCUCUCUCUCGCUUAGAUUUUAUAUUGAAAGAGUUUUCCUAAUGUUAAGGCUUUCAUUUAUUCCUUUUGUCUGCUACACGAGUUUUAACUGAGUGUAAGCCCUGUGUUUUCACACAAAUCAGGGUUGGCAAUGCUUUGAACAAAUCAGCAAUAACUGCUAUGUAGUUUGUUGUGGUCUGUAAAACAGAGAACUAGAAUGUAAAUUUACAAUAAAGUUUACAUUUCAUACUGUAAAAAA